AUGGCGCCGGUGCCGAUAGAGACUGAUGCUUCUUGGAGCGAAAUUUGGGCUCUGAAUGUCCCACGGCGUAUCCAAACUUUCUUGUGGUUAGCUGUUCAUGGAAGACUCCUAACGAAUGCUGAAAGAUUAUUCAUAUGGCUGCUUCUAAUCUUUGCGAUCUUUGUCACAAUGAGGUGGAAGAUAUAUAGCUUACUUCUUCAACCGAAUUACAUGGACAAAGAUAACUUGCUGGUUGAUUGUUUCAAGAUCAAGAAUGAGAUCAUCGCUGCUCGGGGUGCCGAAGAUGGGAAUAAUCAGCUUCAAAGUCAAAAAACUUGCUGGCAGAAACCUCCUCUUGGGUGGGUUAGAGGAAACUCUGAUGGAACCAUGGAUUGCUUGUCCAAAAUGGCUACUGCAGGUGGGGUUAUUCGAGGUUCGGACGGUGAUUUUUCUAAGCUGCUUCUUCGCUUUUUAUCAGAACAGAGUCGGCUUUGCGUUUUGCAUGACCUGUGUAAAGUCAAAAAUUGA